CGCGGUCCUCCCGCACGCUCCCGGCCCUGCUCGCCCGCCCCCUCCGCGCCGCCCCCCACUCCUUCCUGCUGUCGCCGCGGGUGCUCCCGGAGCGGAGCGGAGAUUACAGAGCCGUCGGGAUGCCCCAGCUCUCCGGGGGAGGCGGCGGCGGGGGGGACCCGGAACUGUGCGCCACGGACGAGAUGAUCCCCUUCAAGGACGAGGGCGAUCCCCAGAAAGAGAAGAUCUUCGCCGAGAUCAGCCACCCUGAAGAGGAAGGCGACUUGGCCGACAUCAAGUCGUCUUUGGUUAACGAGUCCGAAAUCAUCCCGGCCAGCAACGGGCACGAGGUGGCCAGACAAGCCCAAGCCUCACAGGAGUCCUACCACGACAAGGCCAGAGAACACUCCGAUGACGGCAAACAUCCAGAUGGAGGCCUCUACGGCAAGGGGCCCUCCUACUCGAGCUAUUCUGGGUACAUAAUGAUGCCAAAUAUGAACAACGACCCGUACAUGCCCAAUGGAUCGCUCUCCCCACCCAUCCCGCGAACAUCGAACAAGGUGCCCGUGGUGCAGCCGUCCCAUGCGGUCCACCCUCUCACGCCCCUCAUCACCUACAGCGACGAGCACUUUUCUCCAGGAUCACACCCAGCACACCUCCCAUCCGACGUCAACGCCAAGCAAGGCAUGUCCAGACAUCCCCCCGCUCCCGACAUGCCCACCUUUUACCCCCUGUCUCCAGGCGGCGUGGGACAGAUCACCCCACCUCUUGGCUGGCAAGGGCAGCCUGUAUACCCCGUCACGGGUGGAUUCAGGCAACCCUAUCCGUCCUCACUGUCAGUCGACACUUCCGUGCCCAGGUUUUCCCAUCACAUGAUCCCUGGCCCUCCCGGUCCCCACACAACCGGCAUCCCUCACCCCGCCAUCGUAACGCCUCAGGUCAAACAGGAGCACCCCCACACGGACGGCGACCUAAUGCACGUGAAGCCUCAGCACGAACAGAGAAAGGAGCAGGAGCCAAAAAGACCUCACAUUAAGAAGCCUCUGAACGCUUUUAUGUUAUACAUGAAAGAGAUGAGAGCGAACGUCGUAGCCGAGUGCACCCUCAAGGAGAGCGCGGCCAUCAACCAGAUCUUGGGCAGGAGGUGGCACGCCCUCUCCCGUGAAGAACAGGCGAAAUACUACGAAUUAGCACGGAAAGAAAGACAGCUACACAUGCAGCUCUACCCGGGCUGGUCCGCGCGGGACAACUACGGUAAGAAGAAGAAGAGGAAGAGAGAGAAGCUCCAGGAAUCCGCGUCAGGUGGAAAGAGAAGCUCGUUCCCAACGUGCAAAGCCAAGGCAGCGGCCCCAGGACCUCUUCUGGAGAUGGAAGCUUGUUGAGAACCCAGCCUGUCUCCACAGCUCGCCCAGUUAACCCCAAAGGCGCAUCGACACCAACUUGUACCCCGCGGUCACCGCCAGAGCUGCAGGUCCCCAAAGACAGUCACUGCCAGUCCCUCUUUGUCCACUGCAAGAGCCACGGUCCAAAAUAGAGCAUAACGAGGUUUUAGAACGGAAAUUCAAAAGCACGUGAGAUGCAGGCAGGCCCGCCGCCGACAGCUUCUCCCCGCCCCGCUGUGCUCCCUGCGUCCGGCGUCACCGGCCCCUACGGCAGGACAGUCCCGGGCCGCUGCCUGCCUCGCGCACAUCCGCAGGCCCAGGGAGGAGGUCGUGGAAGAGGUCCCCUUCGUGUCUGUCUUCGCCUUUUCUCUCCCUUUCUCCUCGAGCUUUUAUUUAACAGUGCAAAGGAUCAACCUAUGUUUGCUUCUUUUUUUUAAACUUGAAUUUUUUUUAAAUUUACUUUUUAGUUUUAAUUUUGUUGUAUAUUUUGCUAGCUAUGAGCUUUUUAAAAUCUCACAGGUCUGAAAAAGUUAGAAAACAAAAGGAAAGGAAGCCUUUUUUAGUUUUUUCUGGGGCCUAUCCCAUCCCGAGCGGCUUCCGUGUGAAUUGCUGUUGACAAGCAGUGGCCUCUUCAUCGAGUGAGGUGCUCGACGGAGCAGAGUACCGGUCAGAGCCAGGUCCGCCCCGGGGGCUGCAGCUGGAGUCCUUCACUGUACUUUUCUUCUGAUUUGUUUUCUUUUUCGAAAUGGUAAACCUUACCAGAUACUUUGAGCAGACUGGUUUGCAGUGAAUUUUCGUUUCUGUCUUUCUUACCCCCUUGUUGUAAAAAGCCCAGCACUUGAAUUGUCAUUACUUUAAAUGUUCUGUAUUUGUAUCUGUUUUUAUUAGCCAAUUAGUGGGAUUUUAUGCCAGUUGUUAAAAAUGAGCAUUGAUGUACCCAUUUUUUUUUAAAACAGCAAGGCACGGUCUUUGCCCAAAACUGUCAUCUAACGUUUGUCAUUCCAGUUUGAGUUAAUGUGCUGAGCAUUUUUUUAAAAGAAGCUUUGUAAUAAAACAUUUUUUAAAGUGUCA